UUUUUUUUUUUUCCUUGCCAAACAAAACCAACAAUAGUCAUUUCUCAUCUUUUCAGGACUUCGUCAUGACCCGUGGUAAUCAGAGAGAGCAGGCUCGUCUCAAGAACCUCAAGAAGCAGCAGGAAGCCAAGAAGGGCAAGCAAAACCUGAACGGCAUGACAGUGACGCAGAAGAAGGAAUCUGAUGCUGCCAUUAUGCGUGCAAAGCAAGAAGCAGCGGCCAAGAAAAAGGCCGAAGAAGCGGCUGGCAAAAAAUAAUCUACCUUUUUACCUUCCAAGCUCAAAAUGUUGGGCAGUUUUGUUAUAUCAUCUCAUCAUAUGUUUAAUCAUUAACCUCUGGUUUAUCAUCUUGACUUCUUAUUUUUUUUUUUAUUUUCUCAUUAUCUCUGUUGAAGAAAAGAUCGUCGAUUCAAGCAGUAUGGUAAAGCAAAUGAAAAAAAAAAUGAAUACAACCUUUUUUUACAUCUUUAGUUUACCUCAAGAGUAUUGUUCUUUAGAGUUUUAUUACCAGCAAUUGCGAAGAAGGCAAAGCAAGUGUGAGUGGAAAAAAAAAGUUGGAUAAAGUCUAAUAACUGUGCAGCGUGGUGGACGAAUUGGACACAUGGUGGGUUUUUCGAUUGUCUUUUCGCCUCCCCCUCCCCAAUUUCUUUGCUCUGUAAUUUGAAUAAAAAAAUGAUUGAAAAUCUCCGCCACC